AUGACCGGUCCCUCCCGCACCCAGGUGCUUGCACUCUACAAACAGACCCUGCGGAACGCUAACGGGUUCAACAACUAUAACUUCAAGCACUAUUUCCUGAGGAAAGCACGGACUCAGUUUCGCGACCUCAAGGACCUGAAGGACCCUGCAGCGAUCGAAAAGGCCUUUUCUGCGGCCCAGCGCGAGCUCGGCGUGCUCAAACGCCAGUCGGUGAUCUCCCAAAUGUACACUUUCGACAAGCAGGUCGUGGAGCCUUUAGACGGCAAAAAAACACAGCGUUAG